AUGGUGACAAAGAUCUACCAGAUUUGUUUCUCCCGAUAUGGCGGUUCUACUCCUGGUGUUGUUGGUCCUCAAUUCCGGUAUGGGGCCUGUGAGGCGGGUGAGGUGGACGAGGAGAUCGAGUUGGUUGGGGAUGGGGCCGGUGAGGAGGUUGGAGUGGAGGUUGACCACAUCGAAGGCGGAGAGGCGGACGAGGAGACUGACUUGGUCAGGGAUAGGGCCGGUGAGGAGGUUGGAGUGGAGGUCGACAAUGUCGAAGGUGGCGAGGUGGACGAGGAGACUGAGUUGAUCGGGGAUGGGGCCGAUGAGGAGGUUGGAGUGGAGGUCGACGACGUCGAAGGUGGAGAGGCGACGAGGAGAUUGAGUUGUUCGGGGGAUGGGGCCGGUGAGGAGGUUGGAGUGGAGGUCGAUGACGUCGAUGUAGGCGCAAAGGGCAAGUUGAGAAGGGAUGAAGCCUGA